AUGACGCCACAAGAAAGACGAGGCGUAGUUGAACGUCUUGGGUAUUGUACAAAUUGUUUGGCUGGAAGCCACAAUAUACGAUCCUGUACCUCGAUGGAAUCAUGUGUAAAAUGCAGACAACUGCAUCAUACCCUGUUGCACCCAACGAGAACAGUCAGCCCACAGUCAAGAAUAACCACUGUCAGUAAUCGACGCAGUCAUAACACUGCAACACGUCAUCAUCAGCAGCAUCGUCAACACCGACAGCACCAACAUCAUCAGCAUCGUCAGCACCAUCAACAUCGUCAUCAUCAACGUCAUCAAAUUCAUCAACGUCAUCAAAUUCACCAAACUCAACAACGUCACCAACCUCAACAACCACCAGCUCCAGUUGCUUUUCCUACCACAAAUACACCACCCACUCCAGAUCAACAUAUGUUGACUGAAGCCAUCAAAUCCUUAGCAACCGUGCUAUCAAUUGCUUUGGCUGCUAUUACUGUUGUUGUUGAAGAUUGCCGUUGCGUUUGUGAUGUUGUUGCUGAUAUUGUUGCUAGUGUGGAUGUUGUAUGUUGUGUUGUUUAUGUUUCCGAUGUUGUAUGUUGUGUUGUUUAUGUUUCCGAUGUUGUUGGUGUUACUGAUCGUGUUGAUGUUGUUAGUGUUGUUUAG